GCCGUGGCUCUUACUACAUCGGCCCAGGGCGGGAGGGUGUCUCUGCUCUCCCCCACCCCCUGCCAUGGGCAGGACCUGGCCAGGGUAUAAAGAGGUCAGAAGGCUGAGCCUCCCCCACUUUUCUCUCCUGCUCGGUGCUUCCUCUCUCUGGGUCUGGUCCUGACAGCUGCCAUGGCACACCCUCUGGAGAAGGCCCUGGAUGUGAUGGUGUCCACCUUCCACAAAUACUCGGCUAAGGACGGUGACAAGUUCAAGCUCAACAGGUCAGAGCUACAGGAGCUGCUGACCCGGGAGCUUCCCAGCUUCUUGGGGAAAAGAACAGACGAAGCUGCGUUCCAGAAGCUGAUGAGCAACUUGGACAGCAACAAGGACAACGAGGUGGACUUCCAGGAGUACUGUGUCUUCCUGUCCUGCAUCGCCAUGAUGUGUAACGAAUUCUUCGAAGGCUGCCCCGAUAAGCAGCCCCGGAAGAAAUGAAUGCUCCUCCUAUGUCGUCGGGGGGCUCUCCUGGCUGGGGUCUCCCCUGCUGGCAGUGGGGGUGCUGCGAUGUGUGCAUGUGCAUCCUGCUGAGCAAAUUCAAUAAAGGUUCUUGGAAACCAUGA